CAAAUUCUCUACAAUUUAUUAAAAGUAUACUCUUUUGCUAUUUAGAAUAGAAAAGAGUGUGAAUUUAAUAUGCCUGUUGUUAUUAGCAAAGAACUGUUUUAUGAGAAGAUAAGCAAAGAAAUGGACUGUGGUCUCAUACAUUAUUGGACACCUGAUUGUGUAAAAGGAGCUUUACCUGUGUUGCCGCAAGUGGCUAUUGGAUCAGCCAAAUUUUUCUUGCCUGUAUAUUUGUUACGAAUGAUAAUCGACUACAAACGUAAAAAGAAUAAUAUAUUACAGAAAUUUGUGAUAAGGGAAAUACGAUCCAUAUUGUACGGUGUUUCCAUGGGUGUUAUUUUAGUUGCUUCAGUUUGUCUAUUAGGAAAAAUAUUCGGAAGAAUUCACUAUUAUAACUUAUUACUUAUACCAGGAUUUUUGUCUGGUUUUUCUGUUCUCUUAGAAUCUGAUGAACACCAAACUCUGGAUACUCUCAUUUUCUUUAAUUCGUUUAUUGAAACCAACUUGAAUGCUCUGAAAUUUACUGCAACUAGACAAACAAUUCUUUUUGUCAUAGUUAGUGGAAUUUUAAUGCAACUUAUUGAAAAUAGAAAGGAAGAGCUUAAUUUCAACUAUUGGUGGUUUUAUACUCCUCCUUUAAGGAAAAACUUAAGUGAUAAUUACCAAAGUAAAUGUUCUCAUGAAAAUAGUUGCAGAUUUUUUAUUACAAAUGGACUCAAAAAUUAUUUUUUGUUAGGAGCUGGAGUGAAUAUAACCAAACGCCUAUUAGGAUCAUUUAAAUUUCUAAUAAAAUCUCCAGCAAAAUUGGUCAAUGUGGUCUUUCAUAAAUCAAACGUGUACUUUGGUCUACUGAUUGCUGCUUACGUAGGAAUUUAUAGGGCUAUCACGUGCUACCUGAGACAAACUCAAUUAUUAGGUGAGAAAUGUCGUGGACUUCUCGCCGGUGCUGUAGCUGGUGUACCCUACUGUUUUUACCCAACUAUUCAACUUCCAGUUUUGGCAAUAACAACAACAUUGCAGAUUUUAUAUCACAACCUUUGCAAACAAUACAAUAUAACCAACCACUUCUACCAAAGGUUAUUGUUGUAUCAAUGUGUGCAUGCCUGUAAUAUGCACACCAACUUUUUUUAUCCAAAUAUAAGUUCACCGUAUUACAGUAAAAUGAUCGACGCCUGUACUAACAGAUUAACCUCAAAAAUAUACGACCAGUUAGUAGAAAAAUAUUUUUUGUAA